GUGAUUGGCGUUGCCGUGACGGACGGGCGAUGACUAAUUUACCCCACGUCUGCAUAAGCUGACUCGCUCCUGACUCCCCUUGCCUUCCACCGUGUGCACAAAUGGCUCACCACCUCCUGGCCGUGGCCGCCAUCGUUGCCGUCGCGCUGCUCGCGCCCCUUGCAGCGGGCUACCCGUGGCCGGUGUGCGGCACGACCAACACUUUCGAGGCCAACAGCACGUACCAGGCCAAUCUCUUCCUUGUCGCCGCCUCGCUGCCCAAGAACGCCUCCAUGUCCCCCGACCUCUAUGCCACCGCCGUCGUCGGCGCCGUCCCGGAGCAGCUCUGGGCCAUGGGGCUCUGCCGCGGCGACGUCAACGCAAAGACCUGCUUCAGCUGCCUCACCCAGGCCUUCCAUGACCUGCCGAACGACUGCCCCUACUACAAGGGCGCCACCAUCUACUACGACCCCUGCAUGCUCCACUACUCCGACGUGCACACCCUCUCCGACGACGACACCGGCCCGAUGACGGAGGUGUACACUAUCGCCAACAAUCAAAACGUCACGUCGGACCCCGGCCGGUUCAACCGCCUCCUGGCCGCGCUAGUGAACGCCACAGCCGACUACGCCGCGUUCAACUCCACGCGGCGGUUCGCGACCGGGGAGGCUGACUUCGACCAGGAGUUCCCCAAGGUGUACAGCCUGGCGCAGUGCACGCCGGAUAAUACACCGGCACAGUGCCGGAAGUGCCUCGCCGAGCUCAUAACCCAAUCGCUGGAUGGGUUUGCGAACCGCAUCGGAGGCAGGGUUCUUUCGGUCAACUGCACCUACAGGUUCGAGACCGCGCCCUUCUACAAUGGACCGGCGAUGGUGCGGCUGGCAUCACCAAGCCCGGGGACGCCGGCGCCGGCUGUGCAGCCAACUCUUGGGACACCGUCGGUGGCCGGAGGAGGGGGGAGAAAGUACAGUGUACCGGGUGUGGUUCUUGUAGUCGUGUUAGCUACUUUAGCAGCCUUGAACAUUGUAGCUUGCCUCUGUUUCUGGAGGCGUCGGCGGCCAGCAGCCCAAUCGAAGCAGCCAUAUCCCAUGUAUCCCGCUGAAGCAGAGGACGUCGAAAUGGUUGACUCGAUGAUGAUCGACGUCUCCACCCUGCGAGCCGCGACCGGGGAUUUCGACGAGAGCAACAAGCUCGGCGAAGGAGGGUUUGGUGCGGUGUACAAGGGCGUCCUCCCGGACGGCGACGAGAUAGCGGUGAAGAGGCUGUCGAAGAGCUCAACGCAGGGAGUGGAGGAGCUGAAGAACGAGCUCGCUUUGGUGGCCAAGCUGAAGCACAAGAACCUCGUCAGGCUCGUCGGCGUGUGCCUGGAGCAGCAGGAGCGGCUGCUCGUUUACGAGUUCGUCCCCAACCGGAGCCUCGAUCUCAUCCUCUUCGAUACUGAUAAUGAGAAACGUGAGAGAUUGGAUUGGGGGCAGAGGUACAAUAUCAUAAACGGCAUCGCCCGGGGCCUGCAGUACCUCCACGAAGACUCGCAGCUCAAAGUUGUCCACCGUGAUCUCAAGGCCAGCAACAUCCUGCUAGACAUGAACAUGAACCCCAAGAUCUCCGACUUUGGCCUCGCGAGGAUCUUCGGGCGGGACCAGACGCAGGCCGUCACAAACCGCGUCGUCGGCACCUAUGGGUACAUGGCGCCGGAGUACGUGAUGCGCGGCAACUACUCCGUGAAAUCGGACGCGUUCAGCUUCGGCGUCAUGGCGCUCGAGAUCGUGACGGGGAGGAAGAACAACGACUGCUACAACUCCCAAAAGUCUGAAGAUCUCUUGACCACCGUAUGGGAGCACUGGGAGGCCGGGACGAUGACGGAGUUGGUAGACCCGAGUAUGGGCGGCAGUUUCCCGGUGGGCGACGUGGUGCGGUGCAUCCAUGUAGGGCUGCUGUGCGUCCAGGGAGACCCGGCGGACCGGCCGGUGAUGUCGUCGGUCGUGAUGAUGCUCGGCACUGACACGGUCACCCUCCAGGCCCCAUCCAAGCCGGCGUUCUUCGCCAGGAACGGCGCCGUCAACACGGCCGCGUCGACGGUUUCGUUGCAGGGCUAGCCAUGGAGUCCAGGAAAGUUUCAGUUGAUAGCACAGAGGAAUGGAUCUCUGAUAGUGUGAGGCCGUGUCUGUAUGGGUCAGCCACAUAAGGCGAUGCGCGGGAAGCAUUUACCGGGGUUUUGUCAGGAGCCUUUUUAGCAUUUUUUACCAUCCUUGGGAGGUAUAAAAAAUUAUGAUUCUGAAGAGCAGUAAUACAAAUGCUAGGGGCCCGACCUACAUUAAGUUUAUACAAUAUAGAAUAAACUAGCGGGGAGACACGCACGAUUUAUCUGAUUAGCAUUAAGAAUCCAAAUGUGUAUGUACCAUUGUAUCAUUAUGGCUUUAUCAUCAAUUUGUGUUUUACCUAACAA